AAAUAUUAUAAUAUAAAAUAAUGAACGCAUAAUCACUUGAAACAACGAAAACAUAGAAUAUGAAGGACUAUAAAGCAUAGCAUAAAUUGGAAGAUAGAAAGAAGAGAGUAUAACAAUAUAAAGAAAAAUACCCAGAAAUGACGCCUAUGGUUGUUUAAAAGCAUCCAAAAGCAAAGAUAGUAUCAUUAACAAGACCUUAGUAUAUAAUUAAAAAUAAUAUAGAUUUUUGGUUAAUCAAACAGUCAAGUUUUCAGAUUUUAAAAACUAAAUCAGAGCAAAACUUUAAUUAUCACCUUAAUAAACAUUGUUUUUCUAUUGUGGAAAUAAUAUAAUAUCUGAUGGUAAUAUUUAUAUUAAAUAUAGAUAUUUCACUUUAAGAAUUAUAUAAUAAAUAUAAAGAUAAAGAGGAUGAAUUUCUAUAUUUGAAUUAUUCUGAUUGUGAAGUUUUUGGGAAUUGAAAUAAUUGAUAUUCAUAUAAAUAAGUAC